AUCAGCAGCGCCAACACUAUCAACGUUGGUCCUGGUCAACCCGCACAGGUCCUCCAUCGUGACUUGGGAAAUUAUCCACAUUACCAUUUGCUCGGUCCGGAUAGCCCUGAGACACAAUUCACACUCUUUAUUAUAACCGUCGUUUUUACUAACGCUAAUAGUGCGUCUCGAAUAAUCCCUGGUAGUCAGAAGUGGCCCUUCGACAGGAAAUGGAGCACUGAUCAAACGAUCCUAAGUGAGAUAGAGGCUGAUAACUGCUUGCUAUUUGGAGGUAAAGUAGUUCAUAGCACUGGCGCCAACACGACGGAUUACGAGCGUGGAUGUGUUGCAUUUACCUAUUGUGCAAACCACCUGACGCCGGAGGAAGCGCAUCUGCAUAUUUUAAAAGUUAAUGUUGUAAGAGAACUGUCCGAGCGCGCGCAGCGUAGCUUAGGGUUUCGCUCCCAGUAUCCAUGGUGGGCUCCAGGUCUGUGGAUGGACAGUUACAAUGAAGUGGCAAUACGACUUGGGCUAGAAGAUUUCUAA